AUGCCUUUCUUUUCGCUGUUAAUGGCCUCUGUAUCGAGCUGCGCUUCCAUCAUCAACAUAUUCUGGAAACUAAUGUUGAUGGUUUUAGGCGGUAUUGGAAGCGGGCUUCUUCGUGUCAUCGCUCGGUUUCGACGGCACUCGCGCCAUGCAGCCCAGCGGGAGCAGGACACGGCUAUAAUACUCACAACCCUGCAUGACCUUGACCAAAAGCACAACGACCUCAACAGAAAGCAAAACGGCCUCGAUAAAAAGCACCACGCGCUUGACGAAAAGCACCGAGAGCUUUUUUGUCAGCAUCGCCUUCUCCGAACACAGUAUAAAGAUCAGCAGGAUUGGAAUGGCACGGCCGGGUCCGACAUCUCCGAACUGAAAACGCUCGUCCGUGCGAUCAACCAACACCUUCGCUCUAUGGUUGAAGACCGUCCCGUGGCUUGGGGGACUCAGAUUCAAAACACCCGAUGGGCCAGGUGGGAUGCCUCCUCGAUGAGGCCUCGAUGA